UGGAUCCUGCUAAGUAAUUAUUUCCCACAUAUAGGCUGAUGGAGCAUACCCAAAAAUGCCAUGUUAUUUCUAUUCUAAAAUCUCUAAGUUAUCAGAAAUUUUCAAGAAAGCUAAGGAUGUCAAGUAAAAAUAAAGUUGAGGAAUCUGUUGAUGGCCACUUGGACACAGAAGAAAGUGAAGAAGAACCAGAAAAAGAUGAUGAAGAAGAAGCAGAUGAAAUUAUUCUGGACCCAGAAGCAGUGGAAGUAGACUUGACCCAUUCUCGAAUAAAAAAAAUAGGAAAUUUUGAUCAACUUCACCAAGUUGAGACAAUUUACCUAAGGAACAACCUUAUAAAGAAAAUUGAGAAUUUGCAAACAUUGACUAAUCUUAAGGAGUUGGAGUUUUAUGACAACCAGAUAUCCAAGAUAGAAAAUCUGGAUGCCCUUAUUAAUCUAGAGAUCUUGGAUAUUUCCUUCAACCGAAUACAGAAAAUAGAAAACCUAGGAAACUUACUCAAGCUUAAAAAAUUAUUUCUUGUGAAUAACAAGAUACGUAAAAUAGAGAACCUGAGCUGCCUUGUGAACUUGGAAAUGUUGGAAUUGGGCUCAAAUAAAAUCAGAGCAAUAGAAAAUCUAGAUGGUUUGGUAAACUUGAAGAGCCUCUUCUUGGGUAAAAACAAAAUUACCAGACUUCAUAACUUGGAAAAGCUGGCAGAUUUGGAGUUACUUAGCAUACAGAGUAACAGAUUGGUGAAACUUGAAGGUUUGAAUCAAAAUACUAACCUAAGACAUUUGUACCUCAGCCACAAUGGGAUUGAGAAGAUUGGAGGUUUGGAAAGAAAUUUUAAUGACAACUCUAUUGACACUUGGGAAGAAUUAGAAGUCUUGAAGCUAUUUCCUAACUUGGAAACAGUCUAUCUGGAAAGAAACCCUGUAGCAGAAGACCCAAUGUAUCGUCGAAAGGUCAUGAUGAUUGUUCCGUGGGUGAAGCAAAUUGAUGCUACCAUGUGUCAGUAACAUGUACAGUGUGAAUUCAAAACAAGAUUUGAGGCUGUAGAGACAACUGACCAACUGUAUAAGCUUACCUCUAUGUUAGGAAAUGAUUGUUAAAUUAAGUAAUAAUAAUUUUCCACUAGUUUUUUUACUUUUAAAAUGUAGAAGGUUGUGUAUAGCCAUGUAACAUAUAAUCCUAAUUGUGCUUAUCAGUAGAAUAUAAAAACA